CCUUUCUCUGUUUUUGGUUUCGUUUUUCUGCUCAGCAGGCACAUAAAGCGAAUGUUUUUAAAGACCAGACGAGGUUCAGUCUCUCAAAGUAACACACAGACCCAUCUCAACUACAGUGACGGCAGCACAGAUGGAUCUUAGACCGUACCAGGAGGAGGUGGUGCAGGCAGCACUCAGAGGGGAGAACAGCAUCAUCUGGCUUCCCACCGGUGGAGGAAAAACCCGUGCUGCAGUUUACGUCACUAAGAACCACCUGGAGACCACAGCCAAUGCCAAAGUGGCAGUGCUCGUCAACAAGGUGCAUCUGGUAGACCAGCACUUUGCAAAAGAAUUCAGUCCUCAUCUUGGGAGAAGAUACAAAAUAACAGCUAUCAGUGGGGACAGUAAUCAGAAAGACUUGUUUGGGAAUCUAGUCAAGGAAUCAGACCUGGUCAUUUGCACGGCUCAGAUCUUGGAGAACGCCCUGAUCAGCACAGAGGAAGAAAAACAUGUGGAGCUCACGGACUUCACCCUGCUGGUCAUAGACGAAUGUCACCACACAAACAAGGAGAGUGUCUAUAAUAAGAUUAUGGGCCGCUAUGUUGAAAAGAAAGUGAGAAAAGAAGGGAAACUGCCUCAGAUUUUGGGCCUUACAGCAUCACCUGGUACAGGAGGAAAUAGGACACUGGAUAAAGCUGUUGAACACGUCCUGCAGAUCUGUGCCAAUCUGGAUUCAGUAAUUGUGUCCACCAAGAAUUUUACACCAGUGCUGAAGAAAGUCGUUCCCAAACCCAAAAAGCAAUAUGACAUUGUUGAAAAAAGAGCUCAGGAUCCAUUUGGCGACCACUUGAAGGUAAUGAUGUUAAUGAUUCAUGAGUUUAUGCCGCCAACGGUGAGCCGCAGCCUGCGAGAGAUGGGCACUCAGGAAUAUGAAGCUGAUGUGGUGGAACUAGAGAAAGAAGGUGUAAGGAAAGAGAACAGACUGAUUGCUCAGUGUGCUUUGCACCUGCGGCAAUACAACGACGCUCUUCUCAUUAAUGACACCAUUCGCAUGGUGGACGCUUUCCGAGUUCUAGACGAGUUCUACAAAUCAAGAAAAACCAGACUGCUGGAUGUAACAGACAUCUUUCUCCAGGGACUUUUUGAUGAGAACCGUGUGGAGCUUAAACAGCUGGCAUCAAAUGCACUCUACGAAAACCCCAAACUGGACCGGUUGCAAUGCACAUUGCUGGAUGAGUUUUGUAACAAAGAGUCUCGCGGUAUCCUCUUCUCAAAGACCCGGAGGGGCAUCCAUUGUCUGUAUGAUUGGGUGAACUCCAACCCUGAGCUGCAGAAGGUCAACAUCAAAGCUGGCAUUCUCACUGGAGCGGGUACAGGUGCAAAUCACAUGACCCAGAAUGAACAGAAGGAAACCAUAAAACAUUUUAGAAAUGGAUUCCUCAAUCUCCUCAUCUCCACCAGUGUAGCUGAGGAAGGACUUGAUAUUCCAGAAUGCAACUUAGUUGUACGUUACGGGCUGUUGACCAAUGAGAUUGCUCAGCAGCAGGCCAGUGGGCGGGCUCGAGCUAUCAACAGCGUCUACUCAGUGGUGGCUCAAGAAGGUGGGCCUGAAAUAAACAGGGAACGUAUCAAUGAGUAUCUAGAAGGUUUGACUGCAAAAGCUAUUGACCAAGUGCAGCAGAUGAGUCCCAGGGACUUCAGACUCAAGGUAUCCGAGCUCCAACAAAUUGCUGUUAUGAUUCGAAUCCAGACGGAGAAGAAAAAGGAUGCGAAGAAGCAGCGCUAUAGGCCUGAUCAGGUUCAGUUUCAAUGCAGAGAAUGUUUCUUGCCUGUCUGCAGUGGAGAAGAUUUCAGAACAAUAGAAAAUACACACCAUGUGAACAUCAACACAGAGUUUGAGAGGCAUUAUAGAACAGGUGGGCAGGUCUUUCUGGAGAAAAGCUUUGAAGAUUGGGAGCCUGGACGGGUUAUCAACUGCAGAAACUGUGGAAAGGACUGGGGAUGGGAGAUUAAGUUCAAGAAGGUGGUAAUACUCCCCUGCUUAAAAAUAAAAAGCUUUUCCUUGAAGACUCCUGAUGGCACAUCUACUCCCAAGUAUUGGAAGAAUGUUGAGUUCCAGGUUAAAGCGUUCGACUUUCUCGAGGACAUGAAAAGUCGUUUCUCUGCCCUAGACUUCGACGACUAACACUAUUUAAACUCAGUCAAAACACUGUAACAGUCACUGUGUCAGGUUUUCUGUGUACAGUGAGUACUUGUGUACUAGUGGCUUCCUGCUUGUAUGUCAUGGAGAUACUGCAAAGGGCCUUUGCAUUAUGUGACCAUGGACCACAAAAACUCAUGAGUUUUGUUAUGAUAGGACAAUAUCUGGAAUCUGAGGACGCAAAAACAUCGAAAUAUUGAGAUUAUCACCUUUAAAGAUUAAAUGAAGUUCUUAGUGAUGCAUAUUACUAAUCAAAAAUUAAGUUUUGCUAUAUUUACGGUAGGAAAUUUACAAAAUAUUUUCAUGGAACAUACUUAAUAACCUAAUGAUUUUAGGCAUAAAAGAAAAAACGAUCAUUUCGACCCAUAAAAUGUAUUUUUGGCUACUGCUACAAAUAUACUUGUGCUACUUAUGACUGGUUUUGUGGUUCAGGGUCACAAAUAUGAAAUUAUCCAUCCUGAUUAUGCAAAUUAUCCAUCUUGGUUGUUCAUGGAUGUUGGGGGCAGUAGAUGCUUUUGUGAUUGUUUGUGAUUGGUUGUCAAAAGACAGUUGGGAGCCUUUGUUUCACAUAAUAUAGCUGUUUGUACUCAAAACAUAGUUUUAAAUUGUACUGUUUACUUAGUUUCUGUCGUUUAAGAGUUUUGUUUUAACUGAUUUCAUCUGUGAAAGGAGUGUGUGUGUUAAAUGCUUUGGUGGCAUAUUUAUUUUGAAAUAUUUCACUGAUUAUUCUGGUGUCCAUCUCUGGGAUCAGGACUGUGCUGCUCUCUGUUUAUUAGCUAGUGUUGACAUUACUGUGCAAUAUUUCUCUAAAUGCACCUGAAGCUCUUAAGUGAGCUCUAGUGUUCUCAGACUGUCCCUUUCAGAUUGCUUGAACAUUUACAUAUAUUAAUUUAACAGAUGCUUUUAUCCAAAGUGACUUACAAAUGAGGAGAAACAUUAACAGCCUCCAAAAUCUGUAAGCCUUCAUUUAGACUGGUUGCAGAUUUGUUUAUAGCACUUAAAUUUUUUGUCUUUUUUUUUUUACAAAACAAAAAAUGAAUGUCUUUACUUUUAAGUCUUACCUUUUCUACAUUACCACAUGAAAGUCUGUAUAUUAUGCUGCAUUCACGCCAUGUCCUAAUUCCGAGAUGAAAACACGUGGCAUUCUACUCUAUCUGAAUUCUAUGGGAACACUAUCAACGCCAAGGCCCUCACAUGCUCCAGAACUCCUAAUUACAACUUGUAAACUCGGAAUGUUCUGAGAGUUACGACUUGGACCAGUGACAGAUGUACCACGUGACCGCUGCCAGGUUCAUUUUCGCAAAAUGUCACGUGUUGUCAUCUCGGAAUUACGGGAAUUACGACAUGGCGUGAAGGUAGCAUAACAUCCUUAAUGUAUCAUUUUUUAAAAUCUAUGUAAUAAAACAAUU